CUGGUAUUCUUAAGAAAUCAAGCAGCUCACUGCAGCCAGUGCCUGAGUUUGCAGAGUCAAAGAUUCAGAGAGCAGAUUCUAACCUGGAAACUGUUGAGAGUGAGGUACAUAAUAUUUUUGCAGUAUAUUAUGUAAUGUGCAGUCUCACUUUUACUCUACAUGUUACAGUACCUAAUCAGGGGUGGGGAGGGGUUGACUGCCCUAAAAAACAACAACAACAACAACAACAAAACAAAACAAAGUAAAAACUGUUGAUGAUAGGCCGCUAAAUUAUUUUUGAGGUUAACAAAGAUAAUUCUUCAACAGUACAUUAUUUACAGAUGUACAUGUAUAUUGGAGGAGUAUUAAUGUUAAUCAGUGUUGCUCAAAUCCGUUGUAGAACCAGACAUAUGCAAAACCUAUGCUCAUGCUAUUUGUUUACUAUGUUGGACUAUGUUUCAGCUAUGUUAUGUUCACUACUGCCUAAGUAUUAACUAUGUAAAACACCAAACAACAUAGUCCAAAGUAUGCAAAAUCUAUGUUGAAACUAUGUUUAGGCUAUUUGAAAAGCACAUAGCUUUUGAAUACCUAUGCAAAUACUAUUCAAAAUCUUUUCAUAGUCUUGACAUAGCUAUGUAUUAACUAUGCAAUAGAAAGUUCUGCUUUUCCUUCCGAUUAGCAUCCUAUGUAUUCACUAUAUGCAUCAAAGUAAAAUAGCUUUUACAUAGCAUUUCGAUCUUCACUUUUAUUUCCAACAAGUUUCUUAGCUUUUACAUAGUGCUAUGUAUAUUCUAUGCUAUGUGAUGAAACAUAUUUGCAGCCUAUGUAUUCACUAUGUGACAUUUUCAUUUAGCUUUAUCAUGAGAUAAAGGCUACAUAGCUUUUACAUAAACAUAUUUUUUCCUAUGUCACUCAUAUGAAAAAUAUAUGUAGUCUAUGCGUUUCCUAUGUGAUAUUCCAACAUAGCUUUCAAGUGACUAGCGUUCAUGGUAGCGCUUACAGAAGGCUAAGCAUACUUCCAAAGUAAAAAGCAGUGUUUUUAACUAAAACACUGAAAAAUCAUGUACUAUAAUUUUUUUUGUGCUUGCAGAUAGUUUCUUAGUGAGAAGACUUUUGUUAAGCAUUGAAUCGCUACAUCCAUCAUCCCUGUCUUAACUUUCCCUUCUUAUAGCUUUUCCCUAGAGUUCUUCACUUGAAAUGAUACUUCCAUGCAUCAUUUUCUUCUUUUACAUUGGGUUCGAUCCUUCGUCUUGAUUGUGGACGUCUCCUGAAUAUAACUGCACGGUCAAAACUGCGAAACGCUACCUGCCUCGGUGGGUGUCAUCCAUUUUGUUUCCACUAGUUCCCAGGGAAGCCCGUGAGUUCAACACAUGCGUAUUUUGCGUUUUAUCGUCACGUGGGCCUUUUCAACCAAUGAAAAGGUGUGAAAAUUGUCUGUUUCCACGCGGGCGCUUUCAAGUCAAAGAAGACGAGCUGUAAGCGUACGUUAUUACAAGAAGACGCUUCUUUUUACUUCAAUUUCCAGUCUUUUUCCUGCCAGGUUCAACAAAAAGUAUUCCUAACGUUGGUAAGUGAUGUUUUUCUCAAUGAAGUUUCGAUUUGCCUGUGUUGUCUCCCCUUUUCGCGUAUCUGAACAAGGAUCGGUCGAUCAUGCUUUGAUACUCCUUCGUUUCAAUUCUAAAACGUCAGGUUGUUGUUAUGUUCAUUUGCCUUAAAAUCUCCACUUUUCUGUUUGCAGAUACUUAUUCGUUGCAGUCAAAAGGAAACUGUAUGGCACUGAAGAGCACGACAUCAGCAAAAAGUCUACACGAUAAGCAAACUUAAACUUGGGGUUUCGAUUCUGAAACCUCCAUGAAAAUACUGCAUUUGUGUUACUAUUAGUGUUCGUGGCAUUAUAUUGUCAUAGUUUUUCAAUUUUUCGUUUCAAAACCUGUUUCUUACCAAUGUAAAAGGUAUUCUAAUUCAUAUGUUUAUACUAUUUUUACUAUUUUGGUGAUUUUUACGAACGUAUUUUAAACACUACAUUUGCUUAAGCAGAUCGAAACCUACAUACAUAAGAGACUAUGUCAAUUCUAUGUAAUUUCUGUUUGAACUCUAGUUAAAGCUUGUGUAUGUGAUAUGUUUUACCUAUUCAAAUACUAUUAAAAUCCUAUUUCAAACCUAUGCAAAGACUAUUUGUUCUGUGUUUUCCCUAUUUUAAUGCUAUGCAAAGUAUAUGUCACCUUUAAAAAGGCUAUGUUUUUCAUAUGUUUUUUCUAUUUCUAGGCUAUCUAAAUUCUAAGCAAACCCUAUUCAAAAGCUAUUUAAUCAACUGUUCCCUGUUCCAUUUUACUAUGUAAACUCUAUUUCAGUCUUAUGUGAAGGCUAUUUAUUUUCUAUGAAUUUUUUCUAUGAGGUUGACUAUGAAGUCUAAAAUCUCUUUCCACAAGCUAAGUAAACUGUAUGUAUAGGCUAUGUGGAAACUAUGUCAUUUCUUCCCUUAUUCCUACCUUUAAAAACUGCAUAGCUUUUAAGUAGGUUCCGUUUGACUAGCGAAAACAUAGCAUUUUCGAUACAAAAAACAUAGUCCUGGCAUAGAAACAACAUAGGAUCUGGUUAAAGCAAUGUAUGAGUGAUUAACAUAGGUUUUGCAUAGCUCUGUGACAUAGCAUUUGCAUAGAUUUUACAUAGUGUCUGAUUCUACAAGGGAUUUGUUUUCACCAAUGUGUAUCAAGGGGUUCUAAUAUUUAUUUUCCAACAACAAACACAUUGUCUAAUUAAAUUGGUGGGCACUGUAAAUUUUUUAAUAUAUGAAUCACAAGGUAGACAAUCUGUGAGUAAUUAUAAACACUGUGACUUUACCAAUAAUUUAAUUUCCCCAUAAUUCUAUUAUGAACUUUUACAUUGUAGAUUUGGUACUGCAAAUUUUACACUGAAAAAUGAAAAGCUACGUAUACCAUGAAAGACUAUUUGCAGCUUUCUGACUGCAUCUAAACUAUGAAAUAGAUACAAAAUUGACCAGUUUACGUACAGCUGUACAGCAUAUAAUCUAUACUUAUAAAGAUAUUGGGACACUAUUUGUCCACAGAGAACUUCAACUCCACAUGCAAGAACAGCAAAAGACACUGUGUGAGGGUGUACAGAACUGUUUGGCUUUAUUCCAAACGUCCUUGUCUGAGGUGAGUAAAUAA